AUGACUCACCGGCUGCGAGCCCGGUCGCGGAGGGGCUGUGGCUGCGCCCAGCAGACUGUCGCGAAACUGCGCGCCGAACACUCUGGGGUGGCAGCAGAACGCCUGCAGCUCGCAAUUACUUUCAUCGCCACCCGUUACCAUGGAAGCUCUCGGGUAGUUAGGCCCCGGCGACUCCAUGUUACGUCACCGCCCAAGCGCGUUUUAGGGCUGGUGGCUCCGCCCCGUCCUGAGGGAGGGGCAACACCGCGGAGGACCGAGCCCGCAGCGCCUGAGGCCUCUCAGAUAAUUUUGAUCGCUAUCAGACGCCGUCGGCGUGUAGCCCCGCCUACUCAGGGGCGCUGGCGCCGGGAGCAGACCGCGGUGCUACCGGUGGAGUGUCAGGUGAGCGCGGGCGCGUCUCUGGGCGGCCCUCGGCCUCGCAGGGCUGGCCCGCCGGGCUCUUCGGUGUGCGGGAGGCCGGGGGCGGAGGGAGGGGCGGAGGCGCGGGCCGAGGCCCGGGAGCGCGCCUGGGGACCCGCGGAGACGGCGCCCGCGUCUUCCAAAAAGCCUGCGUCCGACCGACAGACGGACGGACGGACGGACGGCGCCUGCCCGCCCAGGGGCACCGACGCGGCCCCCUGUCCCGCGCCGGCUCUCCCCUCGGCCCCUCUGCUCCGGCCCCAGACGGGGCGCUGCUACAUCGGUCUCCGCGGCGGGAAAUUGUUGGGCGCCCCCCCCCCCCGCAUCCCCCGUCGCUGCCUUUGCUCCCCGCGCUCCCGAGGAGGUAUUGAGGGCCCCCCCGGGGCGCCCCGCGCACGACCCGGAGCCCCUGGCCCUGAGCCUCGGUAUCAACUCACUGAGGUUAUGGGUCCAGCUUGUCCCCCUAGUUCAUACAGGACUAUGAAUGAUUCGGAGUGACCACUGGACCUUUGAGUUCUUGAGCACCUAAAGAAUUUAAAGCAGUGAAAAAUUUGCUUUGGGGGCAGCCCGGGUGGCUCAGCGUUUGAGUGCCGCCUUGGACCCGGGGCGUGACCCUGGAGACCCGGGAUCGAGUCCCGCGUCGGGCUCCCUGCAUGGAGCCUGCUUCUCCUUCUGCCUGUGUCUCUGCCUCUCUCUCUCUCUCUCUGUUUCUCAUGAAUAAAUAAAAUCUUUAAAAAAAAUAAAAAAAGAAAAAUUUGCUUUUGCAGUAUAUUGCAAUAUUUUAAUCUUAAGAACAUAAGCUUAGGCUUCGGAUUUGGACAGACCUUACAUCACAUCUACUUAUUCUUUGACUUGGAGAAAGUUGCUUAACUUCUCUAAAUUAUUUUCUGAUUUCUAGACUCAAGAUUGAAGUACCUUCCUGAUAACAGCACCUUUACAUUGAAUGGUUCAUCUAUUUAUUGCCGUGCCUGGCGGUGGUAGAUACUCAUUCAGUACAUGUUACCUAUUUUUAUGAUUAUUUCUUCUCCUGUCUCAUGU